CCAGUAGCCACUUUGGCUCAAGCCCGCAGCAGCCUUCGGCGGGUCGCAAAGAGCCUCGGGCAGCGGAGCCAUGACACCUUCCACCGGCGCCAGAGGCGCGGAGCCGUCAGGGUGCUGCCAGGGACUGCACGGCUGCCUGCCGUGGUGGCCGGCAUCGAGCGAUCCCCGAUUGCCGUCCCAGGCUUGGUCCCAGGCGGUGGAGCCCGUGCAGCCCAGGGCGGCCAAGGAGGUGGCUGCCCUACUGGGCAAGGGCAGCCUGUUCCGGCAGGGUUAUGACAAUGCCAGUCUCCCAGUGUCUACUUUCGAGAAGGAGCUUGCAGCGUAUAUGGGCUUCAAGUUCUGCGUAGCAGUCAACUCGUACAGCUCCGCACUGUUUCUUGCUCUCCGAGCUGUUGGUGUGGAGAACGGGGCCAAGGUGCUCUGCAACGGCGUGGCCGGCAGGGCAGUGGCCUCGGCAGUGCAGCACGCCGGCGCCGCGCCCGUGCCAGUGGAGAGCAUGGGCGACCUCAGGGUAGACGCCGCCGACCUCGCGUGGAAGGCGGACCAGAGUGGCGCGCAGUACCUGCUCCUGUCCCACGUCUGCGGCGUCCUCCCCGAGCUGGACACGGUGACUCAGAUCUGCAGGGAUCGAGGCGUCAGGCUCCUGGAGGACUGCGCGGACUCGCUCGGCGUGUGGGUCGACGGCCGCCACGUUGGGCACCACGGUGGAGUCUGCUGCAUCUCGGCGCAGCCAGGGACGGUCCUGAACGCUGGGCAAGGCAAGGGCGGCUUCGUGCUGACCGACGACCCCGCCGUGGCCGCCAGGACGGCAGCGAUGGCCGGCUGCUACGGCCCGGGCUUCAGGAGGCACUUCGCCGCGACGGAGUGCCCGGCGCUGGAGGAAAUCGAACGCGGCCUUUGCCCAGAUUUCGGCCUCCAGAUGUCGAACGUAGCGGCCGCGGUGCUCAGACCGCAGCUGUCCUCGCUCGAGCACCGGGUGCUCGAGGCCAACCGCCGCCACGCGCGCCUCGCGUCCCGCCUGCUGGACCGCGCGUCCCGCGACGGCCUCGCGGCGGAGACGGGUCUCAGGGUGGCGCAGCCGUCGCCGCAGGCGCGGCCUUGCUGCACCAGCCUGCUGCUGUGGGUGGACAGCCUCGGCGUGGAGGCGUCGGCGAGGCUGGUGGCGGCGGCUCAGGCGCGCGGCGUGCCGCUGCAGGCGCUCGGCAGUGCGGCGGGCGGGACGGACCGAGGAGCACUCGACGACGUCAAGAGUGAGGUGGCCUCGCUGGCGGGCCAGAGCGCCUCGUCCGCGGCCGGCAGCCUGCUCGCGCCGCGCAGCGGCUACCUCUGCCCCAGGACUGCGGCGCUGCUGCGCAAGACCUACCUGCUCGGCAUCCCGCCCCGGCUUUCGCGCGGCGACUGCGACCGCGCCGCGGACGCCCUCGCGGCUGCUCUCGGGGAGGCCUCCGCGGUGGAGCGUGCCGGGUCGAGGGAGGAGGUGUCGCCAGCGUACAGGCGGAGUUCAGCGCGCGCACAGCAGUUUCUGCCAUACCCCUCGGAGGGCUCCCAGUCGGCCGCCGCGAGCGUCAGGAGCGUCGGCGGCGCGAGCAGCGUGCCCUUUAGCAGCGGCGGCUGCCGCAGCCACGCCAGGCUGCCAGAAGGCCCGCUCGUGUCGCCGCAGGUGCCGGUGCCCAGCGACGCGGGGGCUGGCGAGCUGGUGCGCAGGCAGCUGUCGCUGGCAGGCCACAGUCGCCUCCAGAGCGCGGCGCCGCCGGCCACGCCGCCGCAGCCUUUGCGGGUGUUCUUUGCGCCCGCGGGGCCUACGUUGGGCUACCCUGUGGGCACGUCCCGCCUCUCGUCUGGGGCGUCCACGCCGGUGCAGGUGGCCUACCUGCGUGCACGGCCAGGCGCUCCGCCGUGGCCGCAUGGAGGCAGCUUGCCGUGCCAGCUCAGCUCCCUGAGGGACGCCGCCCCUCGCCUGCCGACAUGCCAGGAGUCCCCGCACGCGGCCCCGGGCUCGCCAGAGCGGCCGUCGCCGCGCGACUUGACCGACUCGCAGGUGGGCCUCAAGGCCAGCACCCCGAGCACCGGCCUUCCCAGCCCGGUUCGCCCAGAGCGGCCCCCCGCGCCGGCGCUGACCCCCGUGGCCUCGGCGCUGUCGCUGGCGGCGGUCGCGGCGGCCACGGCGCCCGCGGUGACACCGCCGAGCGAGCCUGGCCCUCUGGAGCAGCCCUCGGCGCAUAGCCAUUUCGCGCCGCUGCAGCACCCGCCGCCAGCGUUUGCCCCGCAGCUGCCGCGCAGCACCAGCGAGGCCAGCGCGCACACCGUGGACCUGGCCCUGUACAACGCCCUGGCCCAGGCGCCCUGGAGCUCCGCGCUGCCCGCGAGGGCUGCGCCGCUGCCGCCGAGGCCGCGGGCGCCCGAGGAGGCUUUCCACAUCGUCCCUGAUGAAGCUCGCAAGAAGGUGGCCAAGCGCGCCUCUCGGAGAAGAAAGUUGCGGAAGGAUGCCGACGAGAGCGACGACGUGGAUGAAGAGGGUCUACCUCCAUGGGGCAAGCGCCCGCCGAGCUCUGGCUUCUGGUCUGAGCUCUCCGCCCUGUGGAGCUGAUGUCCAAGCCUCGACUGAGAAAAAACGCCAUAAGCAGUGCGCGUCGGUCUGCGAUGGCAUUCUGGCGAGCUUCUUGUUGCCCGCCCUCUUGCACGCAGAGGUUUCGUGCGGCGCGCAAAUGUCGCACGCAGAGCUUUAGUGCGAGGCGCAAUCGUUUAAUCAUUUCUCACGUCGCACCCUCUGUCUAGCAGUGGAGCGCUCCAUCGCGUGUAGGAUCUUUUUUUCGUGGCGAUCUCUGGGGACACGACGCUUUCGCUCGCAGAGCGCCGCCGCCCUCCCCUUUCCUGCUCUCGAUCUCGCGGCCUCCCUGGACCAGGAGGAGGAUCCGCGGGAGGCGUCGUGGAGUCCGUCGGCGCGAAAACAUAAUGAUGCGUUUGGAGUGUCGGCCGCCAGAA